AAAAAAAAAAAAAAAGUUAUCCAGUAUAAGAAAGAAGUUUUAGAGAAUGCCGGGUGAAAUAGUCGGAAAGGUGAUAAAAUCCGAAGCGGAGGAUUUGCCGUCAGUGUACGACCUAGAGUACAGGGCAAGUGAGGACGACGCCUGGUACAGCGUCUACGUCGUUUUUGAUGCCCAAUCCCACACACUCACCAUCAAAUACUUGUGCACGCCGGAGGUUUACGAGCGCGUACUCCACGCCGCAGAGUUCCACACGGAGUCCCAAGCCGAUGAGCUUGCCCGCCGUUUCCGACCUAUUUCUCAGCAGUUGCAGGAUCAUGACUGCGCCAAACUCCAAAUCGGAGCCACCGUUUGCGCCGCCCACGGCACCGGAGAUAACGAUCUCAGAUUCUACGACGCCGUUAUUGAUGAUGUAAACCGCCGGUCACAUUCGUUUCGUGGUGAAGAAGAGGAGUGCUUGUGCACUUUUGUGCUAUUCUGGAAACAUGGACGUGGUGAUGGUACUUUAACCACCGCUAAUAUUGGAAGCAUUUGCACGUUGGAGUCUGAUUAUCAAAUUGAUCCGAGAAUCUUUGACUUUGUGACAUUGGUAAAACAGAAAAUCAGUGCUUCAAAAUAUAUCUCAGUUUCAGAAAGUCUUGGUUCAGCAUCUAAUGGUCCAUCAUCUCUCAAAAAGAAAAACAACGUAGAGUCAUCUCAAAUUAGACCCUUGGAGACGAAGAAUAGCAUGACACGGAAGAGCCUGAAAUGGGAAAGUGAAGUAAGGAGUCGAGAUGAAGAUAUUGGAUCCGAACCUUGCGAUGUUUUAGCUGGAGCUGAAGGUCAACAUUUCAUACUAAUCAAUAACUUAGAGAAAGACUUGAACCCUUCAUCGAUCAAGAAAUUCAUUUUCGAACAAACUACUAUUUUGCCCCAAGCUCUUGUUUUUCCAAGACUGUCAUCCGAUCCAUUUGCAAGAGGAGCCAUUGUGGUGGAUUCUCAGAAGAAGGUUCAAACAAUAUACAAGUUCUUGGACAAUCCUAACAACCUAAUUGUGUCUUCAAGGGGAAGGCCAUGGGUUAUUACUGAAAGACCAAUUGCAGGAACAUUUACAAGUACAUGGAAGUUAAUCCCGACAGACCUGGAUGAAAACAUUAGAACUGACAAAGAACUGGAAAUAGUACGUUCAGGAACUGAAUCUUACAAGAGAGCAAAGCAAUUAAGAGACCUAUUUACUGAAUAUUUAAAUCAUGAAUCAAUAGUUUGCAAGAAGUUAGCUUUGGAAGAAAAGAAGAUCUGCCGGUCGUUCCGACGAGCUUAGAUAGCUUUUAAUGAACAAUCCUUGAACAUAUAUCCAUGCAUUCAGAUGCUGCUGCUGGAAGAAUAUUUUUGACAAACACCAAAUCAAUCAGCCCUCUUUUGAGACAGGAACAUUUACUGUAAAUGUUGUCCCUGUCUGUCACUUCAAAUAUAUAUCUGUAUAUGAAUCAGCUUAUCUAACUACUUUUAUAUUUUGUUUAUAUUUUGCGCAAUUAUCGCGUUGUACAUGUCGGAAACUUGGUAUAAUAUCGACAAUGUCAUGAAUCUAGUAGUCCUUUUACUGUUUUAAGGGAUAAUCCAUUUUGUGUCUA